AUGUCACUACUCGUCAUCAUAGUUGGAUUGGUUGCCUGGCAUAUUUUCAAUCUAACCGGGGUCCUACCACAAACUGCUGCUAACGAGAAGUGGGAGACAUUCGUCAUAAACGUUGCUGACAUUGAGGGAGGAUCGGAGAUGACCGUGAUUUGCUAUCCAAGAGAAGUUUCUGUAGAGAAUUACGGGAUAUCUACCAUGAAAAAUUCGACGACGAUAUGUGUAUCUCGUGAGAUAAGGAUCAGUAAAUCUGUGGCAUCUGGUUGGAUGGCCGACUUUCAAACCGUCAGGGAAUUCAAAAGCGUGAGAAUUAAGAGCGCUGGCAGUGAAAUGUUAUCCGCCCAACUAUCCAACUUUAUAAUUUUCUCAAGUAAUUUGAGUUUGAGUUGGAGAAAUAGCUACCGAAUUCACGAAUCGAAUAUUCGGAUUUGUUUCGAGUACAACGGUAAUCCGUUUGGCCCCGGUAUGUAUUCGAGUUUCAACUGUAGGCCCAACACUGUUUAUGGAAGGUAUCUGUACAUUUGGAGCCGGAAUAGAAACUACAUCAGCAAUAAGGCCUUCGCCAUUGUUGAUGUUCUUGUUACAACAAGUUCAAGCCCUGCAUACACCGAUGUGACUUCGCCUAGAAAAAAUCGACUCUCUUUGAUCUUUUAUGACCUCUCACCUUGGAGUAGUAGGUCAUUUAUUGGAUUCUGGAUAGCCGAACUGGAUGGGAUGUAUAAAAUUUUGAUUAUCAUCUUAAAACCGAGUGUCGAGUUUUUAGGCAAACCAGACGCAGUUAGAUACCAAAUCGGUACGGAGAGAGAAAAACAUGGUCCCAAAAAACCUUUCCAGAUGACGAUGACGAAGACUGGCUUCAUGAGUAAAGUAGACGAAAAUGGCAAAUUCAUCAUCUUGACUGGUAAACGUAAUGAGGUGCUUUCUUGGAAGUUUUUGUUGGAGUUUAAAGUACUUUUGGAAUUUGAGUCUCAGCUAUUUCACGUUACGGAAAAAAUCGAUUCAAACACAACGAUGAACUGUAUGACGUUCAAAAGAAUAACCAACCCUCUCUACAAUGCCAGAGUUACGAUAACAUACACCUUAAGGACGGAAUUGUCACCAGGAGGCUGGCUUGUGGUUAACAUGGGAGCCAGUUAUUCCGUGGUUGACGUCGUCAUCAGGAGUGGAUAUCAUGUUGAAACGGUCAAAAGCCUGAAAACGUUAACCAUAUCGGUUUGGAAUACCCCUCCGAGAUCCGGUCAAAUCAAUACCGACAAAACCAACGGUAUAAUCUGCAGCGAAUAUCGAUCCCAAUCGGAUAACAUACCGACUAGAGUUGAAAAAACAUUUGUAUGCCUUCCCCAGCCGGUAGAUGGCAUUUUUGUGGUGAUUUACAGCAGUGCCGAAGCGUUUAGAGUGACCUCUAUCCAGAGGAUUGAAGUUGGUGUGGAGUUGCGCGACCAUAUGGUUAUAACGCGUUACUGGAUCUUUGACCUUUACAUUGAGCAGAUAGUAAAGAUGGUCACAAUUUUUACUGGAAAAGAAACAGAAUCCCUGACCAGUGUAGAGAUAUUCAUCGGGAAAGAGUUAUUCAUUCGAAAAUUUUCCUCAACUUGCUUUAGAUACAGUGGCAAGUCGUUAAGACCAAGAACGAAAAUAAAAUUCAGAUGUCAUUCGGAACAUUCCAUUGGCAGGUACCUGCACAUUUCUAAAAGACCUGAUGGCUUUCUGAGGAACUCGCUGGAAAAAGUCAUCGUCUGGGUUUUGGAGUAUCAGAGAAUCGUGUCAUAUGAAAGCGAAAUUUUAACGGUUACUGAAGUUACCGAAACUAUCGUCAGAACCGUUCAUACAUCAAUAAAUUGGUACUGUCUUUAUAGCGAGGUUCGCUAUGAUGACGAAAACACCGGGUUGUGGGUAUUUGAUUUUGGCAGGGAUGUUACAGUGGCCACGGUAACUUUUCUGAUAAGUACCGACCGUAUCGUCAUUGCCAGGUGGGCAAACAUUUUAGUAACCUUAGAAAUUGAAGUGCCAAAACUGAGAAGGAGCUAUUCCGACAAAAUCUGUGCCAUUUAUCGCGGUCACAAAAAGUUACUCCCAACUUCGAAAUACAGAUUGACUUGUAACAGAGGAACCAGAGACACGAUUGAAACCACACCUCAGCCUGCAGCAAAAUCACCCAGGGAAUGGUUGAAAAAAAUUGUUGUCUCCACUGUCACCAUCAAAAAUUUCAAAUACUCCCAUAUCAUCGACUUUACGUGUGAAGUCCAAGUUGUCAGCGUUACGUAUAAUUCAAAAUAUGAUGUCGUUCUAACAGACAUUAACAUAUUCGUUGGACAGAAGGGUAUUUGGGAAGAGUCUUUCGCCAAAAUAUGCUACAGCAAAACCAGUAAAGAUCCAAUACGGGUUAAAUCUGGCCAAAAAGUUAGAAUAACAUGUGCCUCUAGUGGGCUAAAAUUUAGGUAUCUUUUCGUUGCUUACUCAAUGGAAAGGACACAAUUUGAUUGGAUGUCGGAAUGGUCAUUCACGAUUAUACACAAAAAAAUUUCUUAUGAAGUCAAAAGUAUCUACUACAGUUACAACUUCAGUUUUUACAGCAACAACAAAUUUAGCGAUGUCCACUACAAAAACUACAACUGUUACCUCAAAAGCUACAGCAACAACUACAGCUGCAUCAACUUUUACAACUACAACAAAAAUUUCAGCCUCCUCUACCUGGGCAACACUCACUAA